AUGUCUUCUUAUGAGGUCUUUCUUGUAAUUAGUACCUUCCUUUUUGCUUGCAGAAGAUGCCUCCUCUGUCAUGAAAGAGACAGUCUAGAAAUGAUGCUAACCAGCAAACCCUCGACUUUUGAUGGUAAAGGGGAACCGUCGGAGCUUGAACUCUGGUUAAGAGAAUUCGACAAACUUUUUGAUGUAGUAGAAUGCCCGGAAGAAUUGAAAGUCAAUCAGCCAGCAUUUUAUUUGGUUGGAGAGGCCGACUACUGGUGGGCAAAAAGUAGAUUGGGGUUGUUGGAGCAGACUAAGGGGAAUUUUGGUUGGGAGAUAUUUAAAAGGGCCAUGCGAGAGAAAUUUUAUCCGCUACACGUAAGGAAAGAUAAGUCGAACGAGUUUGCACGGUUAGAGAUGGGUGGUAUGACUGUUGAUGAGUAUUACCACAAAUUUAUGGAGUACCUCAAGUACUGUCCUGAUGAUGUUCCCACUGAAGAGAAGAAAAUGCAACGAGUUGAGCUAGGAUUAUCGUAUGACAUUCAAAAACAUAUCGAAAGUGAUCGUUAUAACAACCUGGAAUAG